AUGACCACUGUCCGGCAGCAGUUGCACACACAUCGCACACGUCGCUAUUGUAGUGCAGUAGUCCAGGCGAGGGUGGAAGUGCGUUAUUUAAUACCGUUAUUAUUAUUAUUACCGUUUUUGAUGUGUGGACCUCGACGCGGGGAGGGGACAUUGUUAAAUGACUUAACGAGGUCCAGUUAAGCCACGAGCGAGGUUGUUAGCGCGAUAUACCUACCCCGGAAAUGAAAGGCUCGGUUAGGAAAAACAAAUAUCACCAACGUCGCAAGCAGUGUAACGAUACUGCGACUUAUUACGGCUCAGCGGCGGGACUGUAAAAUUGAGGCUUAUAACAUAAUAAAUUAAAAAGUAAAAAUAUACAACUUUUCACCUAAAAACUGAGUACCUAAAAUAAUAAUAUAAAUAAUAAUACAUAAUAAAAAAAAUUGUCGAUAUCAAUAAUCAAUUGGCAAUUUGGCAUCGCACGUAAAAAUACUACCGUCUAUUUACGGAUCUCACCUUGCAGUGAUUAUAGUGUAAUUUAAUUUGAGUUACAAAGUAUCCGUUCUAUUUACGUUUUAAUCAUGGUUUAAACAAGAAAAAUCAUCGGGUUAACCCUUUCAGUCCCCUUGUCCAUUGCAAUGGACAUAUAUUUUAAAUAUAAAUUAUAAAUUAUCUGUAAUAGAUAACGAUAUAAAACUUGAAUUAUAUUACUCAGCAUGUUCUUAAGCAUACAUAAAUUACUUUUUAUAACAAUAACAUGUGUUACAAUACCAUUUAUAACCAAUGUACUAAAAAAAAUAUUCGAUAAUAUAUAUCCAUUUAUAAUGCACCAAUGUAAUCAACUUUGGAUUUUAAUAUCAUUUACCUGCGUGAUUUGGUAGCACUGGAAAAAAUAUUAAUCGAUUGUUAUGUGUAUCGAAUACGUUUUAAAAUUAUUUGAUAAGGCCUAAUAUGAACGAUAGUGAGAAUAAACAGCUGUGAAUACAUUGUCCAUUGCAAUGGACAUUAUGACUCAAUUGUUGUGUUAUUAUCAUGCACGUGCGUUGUUAUGUUUAUUAUCAAAUUACGAUAGGUACUGGUUGUUUUUGAAUCUAUUUAUAUAUUUCAUUCCACAAAAAAUAUAAAUUAAAUUUUACCAAGGUAAAUAGGUUUGAAAAAUAUUUAAAAUGAGUAAACUAAAAGACUAUGAUAUUGUUGAAAUGCUAAAUGGUUACGAUUCUGAAAUGGAUGGUUUGGACAGUGAUGAUGAAAAUGGAAAUGAGCUUGAUGUACAAGCUGAAAAUGAUACUUUUCCUAUUGAAGAACUUCAACAUCUAAUGGAUGAAUUUAAUGUAGAAAAUUUAGAAGAAAUUGAAUUUGAUCAAUUUGAAGAAAAUGUUAGCUAUAUUGAAACAGUAAAUGAUACAUCUUCAAGUACUUACCAUAAUUCAAUUAAUAAAAUACUUUUAACAGAAAAAAAAGAUAUAAAAUGGCAAAGGAGUCCAUUUCCUAUUUUUAAUUUAAAUUUGCAACCAAUUGAUGAUGUAAUGCCUGAAGUUAUUGGUUUUGAUAGGAUAGAUCCUCCAAUUACAUAUUUUUCAAAAUAUUAUACUGAUGUUGAUUUUGAAUCAAUGGUUCAAUACACUAAUAUGUAUGCAUUACAAAAAGGAAAACCAUGGAAAAAUACAGAUAUAAGAGAAAUUAAAAUAUUUUUUGGUCUUCAUAUCAUAAUGGGGUGUACAAAAUUUCCAAGAAUAAGGAUUAUAGUAUUCACUAUUUUGCUAUACUUAUAUUAUUCAGGUAAUUCACAAUAA